AUGGAGGUGUGGAGGGUGGAUCUUGAGGACGAAGAUGACUUCGCUCCUCCAAUGCCGAGCAAGAAGAGGAAGUCCACACAAGAGGAGGCACCAGAAAAACCGAAGCCAAUAGCACAAUCUCGUGGCGAAGUAGCACCGCUCCCAUCUUCUCCACCAGCUGGUGGCUUGCCGGCUGUGGCAACCGCGAAGCGCGAAGGUCCCGCCAGCCUAGAAACGAGAGUGGAGGUCCUGGAGAAGACGGUAGCACAGCUGCGCGAGGACAAGGCCGCACUCAAGAAGCAAGUCGACGUCCUACUCGCCGCCAAGACGCAGCAAGACGCACGUUUGGCCAAACUUGAGCUGGCCCUUGCCAACCAAGGGGAGAAGGGACUGCCGUCAACGAAGCGCAGGAUCAAGGACGAAGAAGAAGCGGACCAAUUGCCGCACGUCGACGAAGGGGACGACGCCGAGUUGGCAGCCCUGCUGUGGCUCGAGGAGCAGGCGGCCCACGAAGCUGACCUUAGGGCCGACGUCGCCGAAGUGAUCCAGAUCGACGACGAAGACGAACCACCGACCGCUUCCAAUGUGGUCGAGGAGUACCACGCGGGUGCCUCGAGUCAGAGCUCGGGCAACGAGUGGAAGAAGGCGUUCGAGUGGGAGGAGGCGAUCAACCUCGCCAACACCGAGGUCUUCCACAACACGGCAUUCCGAACGUCCCAGCGAGAGAUCAUCAAUGCCACAAUGGCCGGAAGGAGCGGGAAAGAGCUUAUGUUAUCAGUUGCCUGCUGUCUGCGAGGAUGGGACUACGCUCGUGACUUGGUAAGCGACAAGCCCACAACGAAACUUCUCUACGUAACGCCAGAGAAAGUGGCCCAGAGUAGCUCCCUGAUUGAAGUGCUUCAGCCUGCUGCCUUGUGGCCUGCGAAGAAAAUGGACGCCAAAGGGAACCUGAAGCGAGUGGUGGUGGACGAGGCUCACUGCAUUUCCCAAUGGGGCCACGACUUCAGACCGGACUAUUUGCGGCUAGAGCUUCUGCGCAAGUCGUUCCCUCACGUCCCCAUCCUUGCUCAUAUCCUCUACUACCUUCUUUCUGACGUUCUGAUCCGGAUGGGCAUGAAGAACGUCAUCCUCUUCACGCAGAGCUUCAACCGCCACAACCUGCGCUACGAGGUGCGGGCCAAGAACAACAAAUCGGUGGAGGACAUGGCAGCGUUCAUCACCAACAACUACGCUGGCGCGACGGGCAUCAUCUACUGUCUCUCCCGGAGCGAGUGCGAGCGAACGGCCGAGCAGCUCGCCAAUCAAUGGGGAGUGUCGGCGACGUACUACCACGCCAGCUUGCUCGAGCAGGAGCGGAACCGAAGGCACAAGCUGUGGAUGAAGGGACGCGUGCACGUCAUGGUCGCCACGGUGGCGUUCGGCAUCGGUGCGCCCCCGUCGCCCGCUCUUGCCGCUGGCGACCGACAAACCUCGUCUCACCAAACUACUCACAACCUGGGGCUGGACACAGGCAUUGACAAGCCCAACGUGCGCUUCGUCAUUCACACGACCAUCCCCAAGUCGAUCGAGGAGUACUACCAGGAGUCGGGCCGCGCGGGGAGAGACGGGCAGCCUUCGCAUUGCUUGCUCUACUACACGUUCGCCCCUCCGCCCCUCCUGCUGUACACCGACAAGCGGAGGGUGCAGGCGCUGGUGUCGGAGAACGUGGGCGCCGAAGGCCGGAGAACGAACGUGGAGAAGCUCCUCCAGCUGGUGGCCUUCUGUGAAAACAUGUGCGACUGCCGCCGAGUGCAGCUUCUCAAGUACUUUGGAGAAACCUUCACGAAGGAGCAGUGCCAACAGAACUGCGACAACUGCCUGAACGAGAAUGAGAACGAGUACGAGAGCGUCGACGUGACGAAGGAAGCACAGGAUAUCAUCACCGCAGUGCGAGAGAUGGGCCGAGGCCACUCGAUGACCGACCUGAUGGACGUCUACAGAGGGUCCAAGAACAAGAGCGUGGUGGAGAAGAACCACCAUCAAAUCUCGGCCUACGCCUCAGGCAAGAGCCAGAACAAGGAACGCGCCGAGCGCAUCGUGCGCUACAUGACGAUUCAUAGCAUUCUAGUCGAGGACGCCUUCUUCACGGGUCCCUAUAGCAGCGUCACGGCCAAGAUAACGGUGGGACCCAAGGCGCGGCUGGUGACGGAGGGCAAGCUGCGGGUGCUGGUACCGAUGCCACGCGACGGAGGGUCCACGGGCGGCAAGAAGAGGCGGAACUCGAAGGAACCCAGAAAACCUCGACGAGCCAGCAAGAAGACGAAACGCGAAGAGGAGGAGGAAGAAGAAGAGGAAGAAUCCUGA